UAACUUUACAGCCUACGAUGUUCGACGCACGUGCAUCUUAAUAACUAAAUAACCACAGACGUCUACAGUAAACAAUAAGUCGUUGUAACUAAUAUUUAAAAAUGGGUUCUAAGUCUAAACGAAAAUCUACAGUAAAAAAAAACAAAAGGUUAAAGCAGCUUAAGAAAACUGUUUAUCAAGAACCAGAAGACCUAAAAAGAGCACCUCAUUCAUUUGUUAUUCAUAGAGGUCAAAUAGGUAAAAGUCUUUUACAACUGGUAAAAGAUUUCAGGAAAGUUAUGGAACCAUUUACUGCAGCCUCACUGCAGGUAUAUAAGAAAAACACAAUAAAGGAUUUUGUGUCCCUAGCUGGUCCUUUACAUGUUUCACACUUGGCUGUGUUUACAAGCUCUGAUACAGGGGUCAAUUUCCGAGUAGCUAGGCUUCCACAAGGUCCUACCUUGACAUUUAAAUUGCAUAAUUAUGCACUCAGUAAAGAUAUUGUGUCAUCUUUACGCAAACAAAUGGUCAAUCCAAAAUUGUUUAGUCAUGCGCCGCUCAUAGUCAUGAACAAUUUUACUGGAGAAGGACUACAUAUCAAUCUAAUGUCAACCAUGUUUCAAAAUAUGUUUCCUACUAUUAAUGUCACAAAAGUGAAUUUAAAUGAUAUAAAGCGGUGCGUAUUGAUGAAUUACAACCCUGAAACAAAGUUAAUUGAAUUUCGACAUUAUGCAAUAAAAACUGUUCCAGUUGGUUUAUCUAAAGGUGUAAAAAAAAUUGUCCAAAGUAAAGUGCCAGACUUAUCCAAUUUAAAUGACAUAGAUGAGUUUUUGUUAAAACCUGAACUGCUGUCUGAAAGUGAAGUCGAAGACCAAUCGAGCACUAUAGUUGUACCACAAAAGCUUGUUAGUCGAGGUAACAUUGUGGGUACUCAAUCUUCAAUACGGUUAAGUGAGCUGGGUCCACGCCUUACAUUGCAGCUCAUUAAAGUGGAAGAAGGACUAAUGGCCGGUGAUGUAAUGUUUCACGAGUACAUUCAAAAAAAUUAUACAGAAAAUUCAAAAGAUAUACCAAAAGAUUCAAAAUAACACCUUUUUUUGUCAGUUGUUUUAAAUAAAAUAUGUUUAAUAAACUAGUAUAAUUGUUUUAAUA